UAUAGCAAUUGCUCAAGGAUAUCUUACGUCAGAGUUUGCUGUACUUGUGAAACGGAGGAGAAACUACACCGAACACAAGAGGAUAUCAGAGACCGAGUUGCAAUGACGGAGCCAACGGCCGCAGAGAGGCAGAAGAAGAAAGGAGUUCCCACAGGUCCAAGUGGGCGAAGAGCUCUCCCACCCAAUGUCUCCAACGCAGAAGAAGAUGAAGUUCCUGAAAUGGAGACGAUCGGCUUGGUGCCGAGAGGAUAUAAGCUGCAAGAUGUUCUGGAAGUGCAGGAAGUCCAUUUGUUCAACCGUGAAGAUGACAUUAAUAAGAGAGAACACCACACGGAGCGAUACUACAACCUCAAGCUGAUUGUGCGCCGAGGGCAGCCCUUCCACAUCCAACUCACAUUCAACCGCCCGUACAAUCCAGAAAAGGACCAUUUCUGGAUUGAGUACAUUAUAGGGCGAUAUCCACAACAAAGCAAAGGCACAUAUAUCAUCGUCCCUUUGGUUCAAGAGCUGGAAAGCGGCAAAUGGGGUGCUAAAAUCACUCACAGUGACGGAAGUUCUGUUGGCCUGAAUAUCAUGCCAGCUGCUGAUUGCAUUGUGGGGAAAUUCCGCAUGUAUGUUGCCGUCUUGACUCCGAUUGGCAUUCUCAGGACAAGGAGAAACCCAAACACAGAUACAUACAUCCUGUUCAACCCCUGGUGUGAAGAGGAUGCUGUGUUUCUGGAUGAUGAAAAGCAAAGGCAAGAGUAUGUCCUGAAUGACCUUGGGGUUAUUUUCUAUGGAGAGCCUGAUAGCAUAAGAUCCAGGAGUUGGAAUUAUGGCCAGUUUGAAGAAGGUGUUUUGGAUGCAUGCCUAUACCUGAUGGACAGAGCACAGCUGGAUCUCUCAGGCCGAGGGAAUCCGGUCAAAAUCAGUCGUGUUGGCUCUGCAGUGAUCAAUUCUAAAGAUGAUGACGGUGUGGUGUAUGGCUCCUGGAACAGCGUUUAUGAAUACGGAGUGCCACCCUCCUCUUGGACUGGAAGUGUAGACAUUCUGUUGGAAUAUCAUAGUUCUAAAGAACCGGUGCGGUAUGGUCAGUGCUGGGUCUUUGCCGGAGUCUUCAACACUUUUUUGAGGUGCAUAGGAAUUCCUGCCAGGGUUGUCACCAACUAUUCCUCAGCCCACGAUAACGAUGCCAAUCUGCAGCUGGAUGUCUUUGUUGAUGAAGAUGGAAAGGUGGAUUCCAGACUCACAAAAGACUCAAUCUGGAACUACCAUUGCUGGAAUGAGGCUUGGAUGACCAGACCAGACCUCCCUGUAGGUUUUGGAGGCUGGCAAGCUGUGGACAGCACCCCUCAAGAAAACAGUGAUGGCAUGUAUCGGUGUGGUCCAGCUUCUGUUCAAGCCAUUAAGCAUGGCCAUGUCUGCUUCCAGUUUGAUUCACCUUUUGUUUUUGCAGAGGUGAACAGUGAUGUUGUAUACUCAAAAGCAAUGAAAAAUGGAACUAAGGUGGUUCAACAUGUUGACAAGACCCAAAUUGGGAAAUUAAUCGUGACCAAAGAAGAGGGCGGGGAUAAAGUGAGGGACAUUACUGAGCUCUACAAAUUCAAAGAAGGCACAGAUGAAGAACGUCUAGCCCUGGAGACUGCCCUGAUGUAUGGUGUUAAAAAAUCUCACACCCAGGAUGUUGUGUCUACCGCAGAGGUUGACAUGGACUUUUCAGUGGAAGACUCAACAAUUGGCAGUGACAUCACUGUUAACAUUACUUUUCGAAACAACACCCCAAAUCUGUACACUGCUACAUCUUACCUUUCUGGCAACAUUGUGUUCUAUACUGGAGUCCCAAAGGCUGAAUUCAAGAACCACAGUUUUGAUGUAAAACUGGAACCCAUGAAAGCUCAAACUGUCGAGGUGCUAAUCAAGUCGAGCGAGUACAUGAGCCAGUUGCUGGAGCAAGCCUCCCUGCAUUUCUUUGUCACAGCCCGCGUCAAAGAAACGGAGAAGAUCCUGGCCAGGCAGAAGAGCACUGUGUUGAAAAUACCCCAGCUGCUCCUUAAGGUUCCUGGGGAAAAGGUAGUUGGCAAGGAAAUGGCAGUGAUAGUGGAAUUUGCCAACCCACUGAAACAGAAACUCACUGACGUCUGGGUCCGACUUGAUGGGCCUGGUCUACUGAAACCAACCGCAAAGCUGUUUAGAGAAGUUCCAAGGAAUUCAACCUUGACCUGGGAAGAAAAAUGUGUUCCAAAGCGGUCCGGCCCCCGAAAGCUGAUUGCAAGUUUGAAUUGCGAUGCUCUCCGACAUGUCUAUGGCGAGCUGGAUGUUAAUAUUGAAAGUGCUGUGUGAAAGGCUUUCUCCUUCUUCUUUCAUCCCUACAAACCCCCCGCCCCUGCCCCACACAUUGUAUUUCAGAAAUUUCAUUCCCGGGAAACAUAAAGUAGAAGUAUCUACCCUAAUCCGAAUUAAUUCAUAAUCCAAAUGUUGUAUGUAUACAUUGUGUGUGGCUACUUGCACGGUUACUUCUUAUUUUGCAGUUUCCUUUUGAAAAGCUAUCCUACAAAAACCCUGAAACCACACUCUUUAAACACCCAGACU